CAACGUCUGUAUGCAUGACUACAACACCUAACAGUGAAAAAAGUUAGAUAUUCCAAUAUGGCUUACAGGCUCGUAAGCUGACAAUCUUAGAACUGGGAGUGUGCAAAAGAUAGCCCACUUUUUAUCCUCCUUUUGCAGAGUGAACAGAACAAUUUUAACAUAUUAAGGGGCUCUCCUGUGAGGAGAGGUGGGAGAGAGAGUUUUACAAUGUUCUGAGCCUAAAUUUACUUUUUUGAGUCUCCCAAAGAAAUGUGUAUCUGCUAGCACUAAAGCUGGAGGCUUGAUACUUUUGCUUGUUGUUUUAUAGUCAGGGAAGUUUGGGGGACCAUCUUUUCCUGUCAUUUGCUGCCAUAUUUGCUUAGCCAAUUAACUUUGUUUCUUUAAAUAACUAGCAGAAGUCUAUGUCUCUAGGCCUUCUGUUGUUCAGUUUUAGACCUGUUAUGUGUGUGUGAGAAAGAGAGUGAAUUAUUAUUAACAACAAAUGUAUGUAUGUUUGCACUUUGCAUUCAUAUACUGUGCUUUCCUGCUUGCUUUGGCUUGUGCUACUUUAAUAGAACUUGAUUCAUUUUAUCUUUUGGUGGGUCUUCCUCUUUUCUUUUCACUCUAUUCAUUUUCAACUUUGUUUAGUUCUUCAACUCUGCCCAUCAAGGAUUGGGGUUGGUUGUCAAAGACUUGUUGGGAUAUUAAUUUUGUCUUGCUUUCAGUUAGCCUGGUCUUGUACUUCACUUUUCCUCAUUUUUAAUGAUUUUAACUAAUCUGCUUCAUGUUUCUGAGUUUCUCUCUCCUUUUAUUGAUAAUAUUUUCUUUAAUGGGUCAGUUAUGUCAUUAUGUUAGCAGUCCUUCUAGUUUGAAUUCUCACAUUUACUUUCACUGAACUGGGUUUUCUUUCUAUGUGCCAUUUAUUGAAUUUGUUUGUCCAAAGUGAUCCCUCCAAGUUGAACUUCAGUGUUAAUUAAUUCUGGUACUUGUGCCUAAAUAAUUGAGCAUGUCUUUUGGCUUCUUGAUUUUAGUUACUCUGCCUCUCUGAGUGCAACUUAAUACGAAUUUCCACUUCAGUGCUUUAAGUCGUACCUUUACUUGGUCUCUGUUUAUUGAUCAAACUUAUCCCCUCAUAAUUUAGUGCUAACACAUGACGGCCACAAGUUCAUGAUUGUCUUCCUUACACACCAUUUAUUGCUUCCAUAGCAAUUAAUAUGGAAAUGUGCUCCAUCUUUAUCUUUGGCACUUCAUAUUCAAUAGAGGAUCAAUAUCAGCUUGAUAGUCUCUAGUUUUCCUGACCAAGUUGUUAGUUCUUUUCACUAAAGCUUUGACAAAACCCAACUUGCUAAAGUCCAGAGCAAAUCUUUUAUAACUUUUUAGCUUCCGGUUCUGUUCAAUAUGGUUUCACAGGACUCACCUCCACAUCCAAGUAACAUGCACCUAUUCACUAUCUCAGACUCUAUCACUGGUCAAAACCAUUUCCAAAACCAAAACCAACAUUUUGAUGCAUAUGGGUCUGCAUUAACUGGAAGUGACACAGUGCUCCAUCAUUCUCUUGGUGUACUUCCCAGCAUUCAAUCUCUUGGGGAAAGAAUGUCUAGAUCAAUAGACCUUGUUCAAGCUUCAACAGUAGCUGAGGAAUCUGAGAUCAACCACACUAGACAUUUCAUGGAUCUUCUAGGAGCAGCAAAUGAGUCCAAUCACCAGGCUCAGAGGCUGUCACUUUCUUUAGGCUCUCAUGUGCUUGUUCCUUCUGGACAAUACAGGCAGAGGUCCUUCAAUUCAGACCUCAUAAGCCCCCCCAGUUACUUAAUGUCCAGAGAAGAAGCACAGGAACCUUGUAAUCCAGGAGUGGAACAUGUAAGCAGUGACUAUUCUUACACAGGAAGUUCAUUUGCUUCAUCUUCGGCCUCAUUAAAUCGUUCUUAUUCAACUUCAUAUGGAACAGAAUCUUUUGCUUCUGUUAUAGGCAAUUCAGUGUAUUUAAAACCAGCUCAGUCCCUUUUGAGAGAAACUGUUAAUGUGGGUGGCAGAGAAGUUAAUUUGAGCAAUGAAAAAUAUGUUGCUAAAUUGUGUCGUGGAGGUAGGGCAGGAGCUCUUGGACUUUCUUCUGAACUAAAAGCAGAAUUGUACAGUAAUGGGCUCUUAUCAGCUGAGAAACAUGAACUUCAAGUUAAGAUUGCAAAGCUUAUUGCUUUGUUGGAGGAGGUUGAGGACACAUAUGAGAAAUAUUAUCAUCAAAUGGAAGAAGUGGUGUCAUCAUUUGAGUUGAUAGCAGGUGUAGGAGCUGCCAAGUCUUACACUGCACUAGGACUUCAGGCCAUGUCUAGGCAUUUCUGCAGCUUAAGAGAUGCCAUAGUUUCCCAAAUAAACAUCAGGAAGAGGAAAUUCUUGCAGGAUUUACCGCGAAUCAGCACCGGAUUAUCACAGCUUAACUUGUUUGAUACAGAGACUAGACAAACUAGAAUGACCCUUCAACAGCUUAGCAUGAUGCAAAGCCAAAGGCAAGCAUGGAGACCGAUUAGAGGGUUGCCAGAGACUUCUGUGGCAAUCCUGCGCUCUUGGCUUUUUGAACACUUUCUCCACCCGUAUCCAAAUGAAACUGAAAAGCUAAUGUUGGCAUCUCAGACAGGCCUGACCAAGAACCAAGUUUCAAAUUGGUUCAUAAAUGCUCGGGUUCGGCUGUGGAAACCUAUGAUUGAAGAAAUGUACAAAGAAGAGUUUGGGGAGUCCUCAGAAGACUUGAACCAAUUAACUAGCAAUUCAAUGACAAGGGAAGAUGUCUCAGAUCCUGCAGAGGAUUGAA